GACGCCGCGCAGCCGCCUUUCAUUUGCCAGGAAGCCUCGGUCGACAACGAGGACUGGCGGGAGCCCGGCGAGCCUCCGGAGGCAGAGCCUGCUUGGGUCCUGCCCUCGGAGGACUUGGACGCCUUUGCUGCACGGGGCGGGGGGAAGCUGAUUCUGCCUUGGCCCUGUGGUGCCGCUCUCCGUGGACAGGUGGACCCUGGCCGGCUUGUGGGCGGCCGCGUUCUGCUUGGGUCUGGAGACCCAUUGCUCUUGCGGAUCUCUCUGGAGAGGAGGCCUUCGUCUGCGACGUUGGCCUAUGCCGUGUGCUUGGAGGGCCAGACCGCUUUGGACACGCCGAUCCGGCUGCCCGGCUUCUUGGUGAAGGUGCGAGGUGUCUCCAUGAGUGCUUGCUUCCGGUUGAAACGGGCCGGCAUGGGAACGUAUUGUGUGAGCUCGCAAGAGGAGGAGGCGGACUUGAGGAAGCAGCGCUUGCAGAGCCGCUUCUGGCAGCUGCUGCCGGGCCCUUCGGAGAAUGCCUCGGGCUCCUGGCAUCAGCUGACGCAGCAGGCAACCCUUCAGGGGCCAUCGCUGCACAGCAAGGCGUGGCUGGACGGCCGGCUGGUGUGGGAAGGCCGCGUCACGCAGGGAAGGCAGGGGUGUGAGGCCGAAGACGGUGUGGCGGAGGUGCAGCUGGUGGUCAGCGCCAGCGAACCUAAAGAGGCUGCCAUAGCUCUGGGGCCCCUGCGGCUCUUUGCGGCCUCCUUCGGCUCCGAUGGUUGA